AUGUUGACGCGUGUGUUACUUCUGUCGCUUGUCGUGGCUCUCUUCAGCUUUGUUCAAGCCGCGCAGUUCUCAAACCCUAUCCGCAACAGCGGUCCUGAUCCAUUCAUCGUGUAUGACGGCGUCACCAAAAAGUACUAUCUGAUGAGUACCACCGGGAAAGACUUGCGACUCGUCUCGUCCUCUACGCUCGGAGGCCUCAAGGAUGGUACAAACACUCAGGUCUACACUAGCGACGCCGAGCAGAAAAGCGGCAAAGUCUGGGCUGGCGGCAAGUCUUCAUCUUUCCCGAACCCUAGCCUCCCCCUUGACAAGUACCCCGGCCCGCCUGUCAAGCUAUCCGACUACUUCGGUAUCGACGGCACAGUCCUCAAGUACUCCGGUAAAAACUAUUUUGUUUGGUCCUGCCACACCGAUAACCCCUCCGCCGACUCACUCUGCAUCUGUCCCCUCACAAACCCCACCACCCUUGACUGGGCACACACUGGCGUCAUCUCCUAUCCCAGGGCAGACUGGGAGAAGCAGGGUGGUGCUUCAAUCAAUGAGGGGCCGUCGGCCCUGUAUUGGGGUGGGCAGACGUAUUUGACUUUUUCGGCGAGUCAUUGUAAGACUGCCUCGUAUAGUCUCGGACUUCUCCAUCUCACCGGUAGUGACCCUCUCGACUUCAACUCGUGGACCAAGACAGAAGGGCCAGUGUUCCAGUCUGGUAACGGCGAGUACGGCCCCGGCCACAACGCCAUCUUCACCUCCCCCGAUGGAAAGGAACUCUGGAACGUCUACCACGCUGUCACCAACUCGGCUGGUUCUUGUGGCACUGAUCGCCAAACGUUUGCUCAACCCGUCGACCUCUCCCAGUUCUCCGCUAAGGGACCUCUUUUCGGCACUCCUCUCAAGAAAGGACAAGUCAUCAAUGGACCGUCCGGCGAGUAG